UCAUAUUACAUAUGUUAUGAUCAACAGAAAAAAAAAAAAGUGCAAUUAUUUUUAAAACUGUUGAAAACAUUAAAUCAAUGUGUUACGAUUUCAUAUAAAAAUAUAACAAAAAAGAAAAAAAAAAAAAAUUUCUAAUUAAAAGUGAAAAAAUAUUAAUUUACUCUUAUGGAUUAAUUUUCCCGCUUCAUUUGCUAACUUAUGGAUUAAUUUGUUUUAAACGCUGCAUCAAAUUUGGAUUAACUCUCCCACUUGCUUGCUUUACCCACACACGAUUAAUGAUCAUUUAAUUCUAUAUUUGCCCGAGAAUAUGGAUUAUAAAAAUGAGUUUCAAUCAGAUGACGAUUUCGAUUGUUCGAAUAGUUAUAAUGAUAACUAUCAAAAUCAAUCGAAUUCGAAUGGACAAAAUCAAUAUAAUAAUGGAUCUAAUCACGGUACAAAUACCGCAGGCAUGUCUAAGGCCGAAUUAAGAAAGACCAAUAAACCGAUUAUGGAAAAACGCCGACGCGCGCGUAUUAAUCAUUGUUUAAAUGAAUUAAAAUCUCUAAUAUUGGAAGCAAUGAAAAAGGAUCCCGCCCGCCAUACCAAACUCGAAAAAGCCGAUAUCUUGGAAAUGACCGUAAAGCAUUUACAGUCCGUGCAACGUCAACAACUGAAUAUGGCCAUACAAACUGAUCCGACAGUUAUACAUAAAUUUAAGACGGGCUUUAUGGAAUGUGCCGAUGAAGUGAAUCGAUACAUAAAUCAAUUGGAAGGUAUAGAUGCGGCAGUCAAGCAACGUUUAAACAAUCACUUAAGCGGUUGUGUCACAAAUUUAGAACAAAUCGGUUCAAUGUCACAAUUUACAAACGGUUAUCGUAGCGGAGCAGCUCCGAACGGUUUUGGAUUUGCUGGAACUUUAGGUUCUUUACCCACUACCUUGCCGUUAACGAGUUCUUUGUUUCCUGCCCUACCACAAGAUCUCAAUAAUAAUCAAGCAGCUGCCAUACAAAUGGGUGGAGUACAAUUAAUUCCUUCUCGUUUGCCUUCCGGGGAAUUUGCUCUAAUUAUGCCUAAUAGCGCAAGCGGGGGAAAUAGUAUGACCUCGGCUCUUUUAAAUAGUAACAGUAACUCUGGGUUGGGUACUUGGCCGACAGCCCCUAAUAACAGCAAUAAUGGUAACAAUAGUUUGGGCCAAAUAUCGCCGCAAAUUAACGAUUUCGCCACGAAUUUUAAGCGUUUAAGUGCUUUCACUAAACCCCACGCCUCUCAGUCUAAUACGACAGUACCAAAUAUGAAAAUACCCACAAUAUCUCAUAGUCAAUACCAGCAGACGACAAUGACGGGAAACUAUCAUCAUCAUCAGCAGCAGCAGCAGCAGCAGCAGCAGCACCAACAGCAGCAGCAACAGCAACAAGCUUUCAAUUCCACAACAACUGCAAGUCCACCCUUGAGUCCGAUAUCAUCGAUAUCAUCCAGUCAUAAUGAAGAUUCAAUUUUGCACAACAGUUCAGAUUUCAACAAUUCUCAGGACAAUGCGAGCGCUACAAAUUUGAAUAAGCAAACUUCAUUUACGGGAGCAUUUGCGACACCGCCAUCAAGUGCCGAAAGCUCAUUUGUUCUCUGCACUACUGCGCCUGCUAUUCAUUUGCAACAGCAGCAAGUCUCUUCGACCAGUGGUAGUGAAUUAAGCAGCAGCACUAGCAGCACCAGCAGCAGUAGCAGCGGCACUAGCAGCAACAACUCGUUGAAGAGAUCUUUUUCGGAAACAAUUGAUCCGAGCAUUUGUUCUGAGGAUGAAUCGACCGCUUGCAAGAAAUAUGCCAAAGAGUCCGGUGCACAUGAUCAAGAUCAUGACGAUCAAAGCGUUUGGAGACCUUGGUAAUAGAAAUCUUUUCCCGUUAAGUUUACUCACUGUUUCUUUUUUUUACUUUUUUUUUUUUUUUUUUUUUGAUCAUUAAUAUUUAUAAAUUAAUAUACUUAAGGUUCACUUUUCUUGUUCUCUUCAUUAUAUUGUAUUAUAUCAUCUGUGAUUUGUAUAUAAUUUUGUGUAUGUGUUGAUAAGAAAAUUGUUUAUUUUAUUCAUUUUGUUUCACUAAGUUUUAAUUAAUGCGUUCAUCAAAUUCGUUCAUAAAGUUUCCCUUUGACUUUUUUAAUUUGUUUUUUUUUUUUUUUUUUUUAAGUUCACGCCUGUAUAAAAAACUUAUGUUAAAUAUUAACGCAUGCAUACGUUUACUU